AUGGGCUGCGCUUCCAGUACCGAGACGUUCCAGCCAAUUCCAGACAGCUACACGUCCCUCGAUGAAGUUCAGAAAGCACUGCGACGCGUGGGGUUACAGUCGUCCGACUUGAUCAUCGCGGUGGACUUUACCGAAUCAAACCUGUGGAAAGGAGAGCAAACGUUUGAAGGACGGUCACUGCACUAUGUCGACACAUCGGGACGCGUGGUGAAUCCGUACCAAAAAGUAAUCUCGGCCAUAACGAGAGUAUUCGAGUUGUACAAUGACGACGACACUAUCCCGGCUUUUGGUUACGGUGGGUACCCGGACCGUCCAUUUGCCGAGCGGUACUUUGCAUUCGCCAAGGAUCACGGUUGUGAGCUCGACGAUGUUUUGCAGCGAUAUUUUGCCAUCGCUUCGACGAUGGAACUGAACUCUUCGGCUAGCUUUGUCCCGGUAAUCUACGAAGCGAUCAAGAUGGCCAAGAACAGUCGGCGCUACCACAUCCUGAUCAUCAUCGCAAACGGUCAUAUUGAUGACCCUGAGAUGGCUAGAAAGGCAAUUGUAGAGGCUUCCAAAUACCCGCUUUCGAUUAUCAUGGUCGGCGUCGGCGAUGGACCGUGGAACACGAUGAUUGAGUUCGAUGACCAGCUACCUGAGCGUCGUUUCGACAACUUUCAGUUUGUGAACUAUAACACUAUUCCGAAAGGAAAUUUGGAUAAUCCGGACGGAGGUUUUGCCAUGCAAGCACUCAUGGAAAUCCCAGGACAAUACAGCCGCAUUCGAGGGCUUGCUCUGAUCAAGAAUUAA